CAAAUGAUAACACCUUCCCUCUUGCUCCCCUCCCGAAACCUAAUUCUAAUUCCUCACUUCCUUCUUCGUGUGUGAGGAUUUAGAAAUGCCGCGCAACGGACUGCGCGCCCUCUUCUCCCACGCAGGCCGCUGGCGGUCCAAUCCGCCGUCGGCGUCGCCACGGCAGAGCUUCUCCGCCACCCUCAUGGAGGAUCAUAUCGCCUCCGCCGAGGCCAUCAUCUCCCGGUGGAACGCCGACGCCAACGCCAAUACCUUCGCUAAGGUCACCUCCCUCUUCCAUGCCGGCCGCGCCGAGGCCCGCGAGUUCCUCCACGCCGUCGCCGACCUCCAGCGUGCCAUGGUCUUUUUCGUCUCCGGCGAAUGCGCCGCCCCCGCAGCCGCCCGCUCCGCCGCUCUCAUCCGCGCACAGACCCUCAUGCAGACCGCCAUGCGCCGCCUCGAGCAUGAGUUCCAGCAGAUCCUCUGCACCAACCGCGACCGCCUUGACCCCGAAUCCGUCUCCUCCUCCACCCGCACCCGCUCCAGAGCCUUCUCCGACGAUACCGAGGCCUCCGACGACGACGAGAUCUGCGCCGCCGGCGAGUCCAUCGGCGAGGUCGAAAGGGCCUCCGCCGUCGCCAUGGCCGACCUCCGCGCCAUCGCCGAGUCCAUGAUUGCCGCCGGGUACGGCAAGGAGUGCGUCCGUAUCUACAAAACCCUCCGCAAAUCCAUCGUAGACGAGGGCCUCUACCGCCUGGGCUUCGAAAGGCUGUCCCAAUCCCAGAUCCACCAGAAGCUCGAUUGGGAGGCCCUCGACCUCAAGAUCCGCUCCUGGCUCGUUGCCGCCCCUGUCGCCCUCAGGACCCUCUUCUCCGGAGAACGGAUCCUCUGCGACUACGUCUUCGCCGGCUCCGAUUCCAUCGGCGAGUCCUGCUUCGCCGACAUCACCCGCGACGCCGCCGCCCUAUUCCUCGAAUUCCCCGAAUCCGUGGCCAAAACGAAGCGGUCGCCGGAGAAGCUGUUCCGGAUCCUCGAUGUCUACGACGCCAUCUCCGAUCUCUGGCCAGAGAUCGAGGCCGUCUUCUGCUUCGAGUCCACCGCCGCCGUCCGGUCCCAGGCUCUCGCCUCCCUUCUCAAGCUCGCCGAGGCGGCGCGAGCCAUGCUCGCCGACUUCGAGACGGCGAUCCAGAAGGACAACUCCAAAUCGCCGGUCCCCGGCGGCGCCGUCCACCCUCUGACCCGCUACGUGAUGAACUACCUCGCCUUCCUCGCCGACUACGAGGCAUCCCUCGCCGACAUCUACGCCGAUUUUUCCCUCCAGAUCCCGACUCCUCUCCCCGAAUCCUUCUUCGAUUCUGCCUCCACCUCCGCUUCCUCCUCCUCUGCCUCCGACGGCGGCGGUGCCGCCUCCACAAUCUCCCCCCGGUUCGCGUGGCUCGUCCUCGUCCUCCUCUGCAAGCUCGACGGAAAGGCGGAGGUCUACCGGGAGGUGGCGCUCUCCUACCUCUUCCUCUCCAACAAUCUCCAGUACAUUGUGAACAAGGUCCGGGAGAGCCAUCUCAGGUUCCUCCUUGGCGACGACUGGGCGGCGAAGCACGCGGCGAAGGCGCGGCACUACGCGUCGAGCUACGAGCGGCUGGGAUGGGCGAAGGUGGCAGCGGCGGUGCCGGCGGACCCAGCGGCGAAGAUGGACUCCAGCGAGGCGUGGGAGAAGAUGAAGGGGUUCAACCUGAUGUUCGAGGCGACGUGCCGGUGCCAGGCCGAUUGGGUGGUUGCGGACGCGCGGAUAAGGGAGGAGGUGCGGGCGUCGGUGGCGAGCUUGAUCGUGCCGGCGUACCGAGUGUUCUACGAGGGGUGCCGCGCGGCGCUCAGGGACUCCAGCGCGGCGGCGGCCGCCGUGGUGAGGUUCUCGCCGGGGGACGUGAAGAACCGCGUCUAUGGGCUUCUAGAAUCGGGCUCGUUCCAGAGCCCCCUUCGAUCGGCAUCCAUAUAGGACACCCUUGUGUUUUGGUGAAAUCUAAAGACACAUACUUGUAAUAAAGUUGAUACACACUCAAACUAUACAAUUAACUGCGAAAUAGUACCGAGUUACUUUUUUUUCUUUUGCCAAAAAGGGAAAAAAAUCCUCAAGCUGUUACAACCAAUCUAAUUAGUCAUAUAAAUGCUAAAUUCUGAGAUGUUGUGAUAAUCCUGAUCCACUAGUUAUUUUAUUUUGUUUUAGAAAAAUACUAUUCAGAAAGUAAUGGUAGCUUUUCAUUCAUAA